GUGAUUUUUUUUUUAUUGAUAUAAUUCAUACAGUAUUUGAAAAAUUAUAAUUAAGGACUAAUUAGACUUGUGAGAUAUGAUUUUCGGUGGAGCAUUAUUUAGAGUGGAGCAUAUAAAUUAAGAAUCUUAGUUAUGGUUCCUAAUUUAUCAACAAACACAAUUGUCUCUUCUUCCCACAUUUGAAGAGUUACAAAAGUUCCAUUGAGAAUUUUGAGAGUGAUCAUAUUCAUAUUUUUCGGUGACUCUUUCAGGCUAGGCUAUGUCCGGAUCUGGAACCAGUGAAUCCGAUUCCAAAUUGGGUGGAUGGGUUUCUUCUAUGAAAUUGUUGUUGGGGUUUCUGCGAGAUGAAGCUCUCGGUGUGAAAGCAUGUAGCAUUUCAGGAGUUCCGGAACAGUUUCGAAAAUCGGAAAAGGAAUCUGAACCUUACAAGCCAAAGGUGGUAUCCAUAGGACCCCUCUACAAGGGAAACAAAAGGGACCUGCUACACAUGGAAGAGAUCAAAUACCGUUUCAUGCACUCUUUAUUUCAUCGAACCACAGACCCACUUGGAUCCUUCGACGAAUGCAGCAAAAUCAUUCUUCAUUUAGACAUGUUAGUCCGAACAUUCUACGUGGACGACAUCGAAUUCAACAACUACGACCUCGCCAAAAUCAUGUUACUCGAUGGCUGUUUUCUGCUUGAGCUUCUCAUCACCAAAGCCGAGGAAUCAGAUAAUGAUUUUAGAGCUUUACAAAGCCUCUCAGGCGUACCUCUUCAAAUAAAGAGCCACGAGUUCAAACACUCCUUAGCCGAUGUAAGAAAAAUGAGUGAGGUCCUUUUGGAUUUGAAAUUACUCGGAAACCAGAUACCUCUCUUCGUUCUCAUUUUGCUCUUCCAUAUACUUUUUGUCCCAGCUGAGAUUGACAGUGAUGGGUUAAAACAUGUUCGAAAAAUCAUCAACGCCCUUGCCCUGUUUCUCUUUGGCUGUACUCAUUCCGUUAAUGUGACAGAUUGCCCUAAUGCAGCACACUUACUCGACACCGUGCACAGUUUCGAAACAAAGAAUGAAGAUGGAAAUAGAAUUGCUCCGGAAAGCAAGCAUCAUUUGAAGUUGAAAUGCUGUGCAUAUAGGUUCUUAUCCGACGGGAUUAAAAUUACGCGGGCUGAAGAUCAUAGCUUUGAUUUUGAGAAUGAGGGCGCUAUAUUUGGUUGUUACAAACUUCUCAAAAAGGGAACCUUGGAGAUACAGCGUCUGAACAUCACUGAAGAAAAGGAAAUUGAAUGGCGGAAUUUCGUUGCAUGGGAGCAGAACAGAAUUACGCAUGAAAAAUACGUCGGUGGAAAACAUGACCGGACUAGCUGCAGAUUCAGCGAGAUUGCUGUGUCGCUCAGAGGUUUGGUUUGCUGUGAGCACGAUAUCAAACUGCUUUACAAAAGUGAUGUUUUAGAAACCCAGUGGAGCAAUGAGGACUUGAUGAAUUUCUUUCGUUCACUCGCCCGUGGAAUUCAGAUUGAUACUAAUAUGGUCGACAAGUACGAUGAGAUGAUUCAGACCUUAAAGGAAAAUCCGGAUCACAGAAUAAACUUUAAAUUAUUUUGGCUUUGGCAUAAACUCAAACGAGUAAUGAUAAACGCAAAGUACGAGCUCAGGGAAAUGUUUGCUACUUUGAAACGCGACCACACUCCCACAGUGUGGAAAACUAUCGGAGUAAUCGCCGCGGUCGUGCUUCUUUUUCUCACCGUUGCCCAGACUGUUUUUGCAGCCAUUGGCUUGUAGUUAUUUCUUUCUUAUUUGUACUUAUAAAAAGAAAAGAAAAAAAUUAGUUGCUUCUUUUGUCAGCGAGUCCUAGACUAGUUACAUGCAGUAUUUUCACAAAUUUGCAGUGUGUGAUGUGUAGAGUGAUUGUAUCAGUUGCUUUUAUCUUCCAAUAAUGUUUUGUUUUGCGUCUUGGCAUAGCUCAAGUCAUGUUUGCUUUCAAUUAAUCAAUAUCAAUCCUGUGU